AUGGAGCCGUCGCCUACACAUCCCAAACCAGAAACCCUGUUCUCCCUCGAGAAGUCUCCAGACACGCAAGACAUUGAGGAGGGCACAGUGCACCAAUAUGGUCAACCAGCGCCAUCUGUCGACCAAGCGUUGGAGUCCAAGCUUCGAUGGAAGAUGGAUCUUCGUAUACUUCCCACGGUUACAAUUAUCUACUUGCUUUGCUUUAUUGAUCGCGCAAACAUUGGUGAGUAUAUCAAGACACCUACUCUCGAGCAUAUCUCUCAUAACUCUGCAGGCAAUGCCAAGAUCGCAGGUCUAGAGGCCGACCUGAAGAUGCAGGGUUACGACUUUAACGUUUCUCUCUCCAUCUUUUACAUCUCCUACAUCUUGUUUGAGAUCCCUCUGAAUCUCCUGUGCAAGCGGAUAGGGCCGGGCUGGUUUAUACCUGCAUGCUGUGUCGGCUUUGGUAUCUGCACCACCUGCACGGCCUUCGUCCAUGACUUCUCGACUCUGUGCGGGCUCCGGUUCUUACUUGGCGUCUUCGAAGCGGCCAUGCUACCGGCGAACGUGUACUAUCUCUCGCGUUGGUAUCGACGCAGUGAACUGACCUUUCGGCUUUCGUUCGUCAUCAUCUCGGCGUCCUUGGCGGGUGCAUUUGGGGGUCUGCUUGCCUCUGCCAUUUUGCGUCUUCAAAGCUUCGGCUCCUUGCAUUCUUGGAGGAUGAUCUUUGCGAUUGAAGGUUGGACAGCCCGCGUCUACCCAUAUCUUGAUGAUUAA